AUGACCUCAGUCAGAUCCGUAGAGAGUGCAACUACUCUCCGUGCACGCUAUGGCCCCGUGGUGUCACUUCGAAAUGUUGGAACCAGCGACCGAAGCACUGGUCUUUUCAAGGAGUUGGUUGGCACGCCUGCGUACAGGGCUCAAGUCCUUCACCACGCUGCCACUCUUGGCGUGAACAAUGUCCUGUUCGUCGUAGGGACUGGGGGUUCUAUUACGAAAGGUGGCAUUGUUUAUGUUUGUCAUAUCGUCUUUGCAGAACAUAUGCGACAUAAUUAUACAUAUGCUUUAGACUGCGUGCGCACAGCAGCGUUCAAAUGGGUCGGGGAAGGAUCUGAACGCGUUCCAGAGCAGUAUGACGCUCUGCUGCAGAACACUCAUGCUUCUGACCUCUACAGCUUUGUUUCCUACUAUGGACUUAGUCAGGCUAUUAGACACGAAGUUAUCACGAGGGGAGAGCCCAUCCCCCCUGCGCGAAUGAUUCGGUUAACUCCAGCAGUUUAUUGGAAUAAUCCAAAGGGCGGAGUGGAUGUGAUCUCGAGAUAUGUGAAGACGUUGGCUAGGAGUAACAUGAGCGAAUGCCCUGUCGUAUCCAUUAUUGCCCGACUUCUGUCGAUGCAGGUGAAUAAUGCAGCAGUCGCUUACAGGCUUCACAAAGCUGAGUCUUUAAAAUUGUUACCUACUGUUCAAGAGGUUUCGUCGCUGCCAACCAGAGGAUACUCUGCUCUCCGUCAUAAAGUGACGCAAUGCGAGUCAUUUGGCUUUUUUGCGAGGCAAUUGGCAAAGGAAUGGGUCGAUACUUUUCAUGCCAAGCAAGACGAUGAGUUUGGGACUGAAGAAGAGAUCGAGAGUGAGUCUAUAAAACCUAUGUUUAGACGCAAGGCGGCUGACAGAUAUAAUAUAGGGACGCACAAAGCGCGUAGGCUUAAUAGGCGUAUUGUGCACAAGAAAGUUUCAGGGACGUCUACAUACUGUGUAUUAUGCUCAUGGUCUCUAAGGGGCAUGAAGGACGGAAAAAUGAAGGUAAAGCGCAAAGGUUCUCGACAAGUCCAGUUGUGUGGUACAUGCAAGCAGGCUAUCUGCACUGCAUGCUGGUCUGAGUGGCAUUCGCGAGAUACGCUGAAGCGCACAAGGCCGACGGCUGCAGAGAAGCGGUUGUUCGAUCAGAGUCUUCGCAGCGUGAGGCGUCGAUGUGGCAACUAGUAGUAGUGCAGGUAUGGCGUUGAGUAAAGUAUUUACGAGAGA